AUGUACAAUGAAACCUCGCCAUCCACCGCCGAAGCCCGGCGGAUCAAGAAGCGAGAGCUCGAUCGUAAAGCCCAGAGAUUAGCCCGUGAGAGGACAAAAAGUAGAAUUGCGCAGCUGGAGAGCAUGGUGGACAACCUACGGCAUAGCGACUCGAAUGCACAGGUGUCUUCGUUAAUUGACGAGUUGGAGAAAGUAACAAAGGAGAGGGACAAUUUGUUACAAGUGCUCGACUCUCUAGGUUCAACCAUCCGUCGUCAUCUUGGUGACUCGAACACCAGCGAGGCAUCAACCGACGUCAAAUCUGAAGCUUCGUCACACACCACACCGAGAGCUGAUGGGCCAGCAGAACCGAGUAGCUCGACGGCCCCAAUUGAUGCUGCUUCAGAGACGAGUGGCUCUUCAAUAAUGGAACUCCCCUUGGACGCCCCCCCAACAAAUCCCUUCGCCUACAACAGCUGGACAUAUCCCGUCAGCAACGGUCCAUAUCCGACCUCUAUGGCCUUUGACAACUCCAUCCUCCCAUCAUCUGGUCACGGCUUUAUGAAUAUUCAACCUCUCCUACCAAGCCUUCCAACUCCCGCCCCCGAAGAUGACGAUGUUAUAGUUCCCAAAGCCGCAGUAUUAUGUCACUGCUCAAGUCCCACGAACUGCGCGUCCGGUUACCACGGCGUGAAGCCCAACAUUUGGCGUGCAAUCAACGAAACACUACAAAAACCGACCAAACUGUCCGCAGAAGAGAUGGUUGUAGAGGAAUACAAUGCUGAGGAUAUACCAAUACGAGCUAUCAUCGAAGGAUGGGACAGUCUGGAGAGGGCGGGGAAGAUGACGCCAACGUGGCGAAAGUUACGGGUAGCGGAUGAGAUAUGUUUUACAAAUUGUGGCAAUACCGAGCGUCUUGCUUCCUUGAGAAUAUGCCAUCUUCUCAUCACAUACCAUGGUGACCCAACUUUGGCUCGCCGGUCUACAUUACCGAGGUGGUAUCUGAAUAGACCGUCACAAGCUUUGCCUCACACCUACGGUAUUGACUUCUUCGUCUGGCCCGGAUUGCGAGAACGUCUCAUCUUCUCCCAGCAUCAAUACUGCACCAACACAUUCUGGGACUUGCUCCAGACAAACCUCAAGAUUCUGUGGCCAGACGCCUUCCAAGACACAUUUUUCCAGAACACGCAAACUGGAAAAUAUCACAUAUCACCAAUAUUCGAAGAUCGUAUCAGGGACAUCAACGCUUGGACGAUGUCGACAGACUUCUUUACACAUUUCCCUGAACUUGUCGAGGACAUCCCAGCCUUCAUGGGAAUCCCGGCGUCGAUGUCGGGAGUAGAAACUGCUGUCGUGCCUUCACGUCGACGACAUAGGCGGGAUGAUGACGAGGACAAGCGCUAUAAAGGCCAAAGAGCAGCUAUUUGUUGA